AUGAUGGAGCCCCCUUUGAGCAAGAGGAACCCGCCAGCGCUGAGAUUAGUGGAUUUGGCAACGGCUCAGGCCCAGCAGCUUCAGAAUAUGACAGGAUUCCCGGUGCUGGCCGGCCCGCCCGCCCACUCCCAACUCCGUGCCGUCGCCGCGCAUCUCCACCCGCGGGACCCAGACACUGACCCCGGCGCGGCCAGCACUGCGCUCGGACCCGAGCACAUGGCACAGGCCAGUGGGCACGGCCCCAGCCCUCCCGCUCAGGCGCUUCAGGGACAACCCCAGGCUCCCGCGCCCGCCGCCCGCUCGGCGGCCUCAGGGGCGCACCCGGGCACCCGAACCCACCCCGACGGAGGGGACAGCGGUGGCGCGCAGGCCUCGGCGCCCCCGCCUCCAGCCCCUCCUCUUCCUCCCUCCCAGUCCCCCUCUCCCCCUCCCCCGCCUCCUCCUUCUGCCCUCUCGGGCUACGCCGCCACCAACAGUGGCGGCGGCGGCAGCAGCGGCAAAGGCCACAGCAGGGACGUCGUCCUCCGGAGGGACCUUUCCGCCACGGCCCCCGCGGCGGCCAUGCACGGGGCCCCGCUCGGAGGGGAGCAGCGGUCCGGCAGCAGCUCCCCCCAGCAUCCGACCCCGCCUCCCCACCCAGCCGGGAUGUUCAUCUCGGCCAGCGGCACCUACGCGGGCCGGGACGGUGGCGGCCCCGCUCUCUUUCCCGCGCUGCACGACUCUCCGGGGGCUCCUGGCGGCCACCCGCUCAACGGCCAGAUGCGCCUGGGGCUGGCGGCCGCUGCUGCGGCAGCGGCCGAGCUGUACGGCCGCGCGGAGCCACCCUUCGCUCCGCGCUCAGGGGACGCGCACUACGGGGCAGUGGCGGCCGCCGCGGCCGCUGCCUUGCACGGCUACGGAGCCGUGAACUUAAACCUGAACCUGGCUGCGGCCGCGGCAGCCGCGGCGGCCGCGGGGCCCGGGCCCCACCUGCAGCACCACGCACCGCCCCCGGCGCCACCGCCAGCGCCCGCGCCGCACCCGCACCACCCCCACCUCCCGGGGGCGGCCGGGGCCUUCCUGCGCUACAUGCGGCAGCCAAUCAAGCGGGAGCUCAUCUGCAAGUGGCUGGACCCGGAGGAGCUGGCCGGGCCGCCGCCCGCGGUCAGCGGCGCCAAGCCCUGCUCCAAAACUUUCGGCACCAUGCACGAGCUGGUGAACCACGUCACUGUGGAGCACGUGGGCGGCCCGGAGCAGAGCAGCCACGUCUGCUUCUGGGAGGACUGUCCGCGCGAGGGCAAGCCCUUCAAGGCCAAGUACAAGCUCAUCAACCACAUCCGCGUGCACACCGGCGAGAAGCCCUUCCCCUGCCCGUUCCCGGGCUGCGGCAAGGUCUUCGCGCGCUCCGAGAACCUCAAGAUCCACAAGCGCACUCAUACAGGGGAAAAGCCUUUCAAAUGUGAAUUUGACGGCUGCGACAGGAAGUUUGCCAAUAGCAGCGAUCGAAAGAAGCACUCCCACGUCCACACCAGCGACAAGCCGUACUACUGUAAGAUUCGAGGCUGUGAUAAAUCCUAUACCCACCCGAGCUCUCUGAGGAAGCACAUGAAGAUUCACUGCAAGUCCCCCCCACCUUCUCCAGGAGCCCUUGGUUACUCAUCAGCGGGGACUCCAGUGGGUGACACUUUGUCCCCUGUGCUGGACCCAACCCGGAGUCGUUCCAGCACUCUGUCCCCUCAGGUGACCAACCUCAAUGAGUGGUAUGUUUGCCAGGCCAGUGGGGCCCCCAGCCACCUCCACACACCUUCCAGCAACGGAACCACCUCUGAGUCUGAAGACGAGGAAAUGUACGGGAAUCCUGAAGUCGUGCGGACGAUACAUUAG